AUGGAGGAUAAAAUUGAAACCGUUAUUGAUGAGUUAAAUAAAGCAGAAGGGGUAAAAGGUGUAUUAGUGGCUGAUAAGCAUGGGCUAUGUUUAGGCGCUCGUGGUAUAGCAAAUCCAUCAUCAGCAGGAUUUGUAGCUGCAGUUGCAUCAAACGCCAGAGAAUUAUAUCAACAUGAUGAACAGAAUCGGCGACAAGGACUAAUUGAUAAUAAUAAUAUCGAUGGUAAUAGUGGAGGGCUGAUAACUAGCAAUAAUAGUGAGGGUAGUGGUGGAAAUGAUUCAAGUGUUGGUAGUGGUGGAAUAGCAGCGGUAGAUGAUAAUCUCAAAGAACAAUUGGGACAAAAUAGUGGAAUCGGUGGUGAUGGUGAUAUAGCAGGUAUUGGAGGGGAAUCAUUGUUGAAUAAUAAUAAUAUAACAAAAGAACAAAAGAUUUCACAAAAUCAACAACAAUUGACAUCGUGGUCGUCUACUGUAAAGAUAGAGACUGACGAAAAUAUGUAA